UUUCGGUGCCGCGUUCCCGGGGCACUCCGAGCCCCUCCGCGCCGUGCGGUGCCGAUCCGUCCCGGCUCCGCGCGGGGUUCGGCGCCGAAAGCUGCACGCGAGCGCUGCGGGGGCUGCGACUCAGCGCAACAGAUGGGAUGGAAGGAGCGCAAACCGGGGCGAAACGCGGCGGCGCAGCUCCCGCCUCCCGCUUAGCCGAGGAUGGGGCGUCGGAGGGUUCGGCACCGCCGGGUGCGCCGCGGACCCCGGCGGGGCUGCGGUGGGACGCGGUUGGCGGCGGCUCUUUCCCGCACACGGUGCUCUGCGGGGGCAGAGAUUUGUCAGAUCUGCGGGAGACCACAGGGAGAGUGGAUAUUCGUGAAAUCAAAGAGAUUCGUCCUGGAAAGAAUUCCCGUGACUUUGACCGGUACCAGGAGGAUCCGUACUUCCGACCCGACCAGUCCCACUGCUUCGUGGUCCUCUAUGGCACAGAGUUCAGGCUGAAGACCCUCAGCUUGCAAGCCACAUCCGAGGAUGAGGUCAACAUGUGGAUCAAGGGACUGAACUGGCUGGUGGCAGAUACUCUGAGGGCUGCCACCCCCCUGCAGAUUGAAAGGUGGCUCCGGAAGCAGUUCUACUCACUGGACCGGAACCGGGAGGACAGGAUCUCUGCCAAGGACCUGAAGAACAUGCUGUCCCAGGUCAACUACCGCGUGCCCAACAUGAGGUUCCUGCGGGAGCGCCUGACGGACAUGGAGCAGAGGAAUGGGGAUAUCACGUACGGGCAGUUUGCACAGCUCUACCGCAGCCUGAUGUUCAGUGCCCAGAAAACGAUGGAUGUCCCGUUCCUAGAUAGGGGUGGAGAAAGGUCCGAGCACUUCAGGGUGUCGCUGAUGGAGUUCCAGAAGUUCCUGCUCGAGUACCAGAGGGAGCUCUGGGCUGCAGACGGCCUUCAGGUACAGGAAUUCAUGUUCAACUUCCUGAGAGACCCUUUGAGAGAGAUCGACGAGCCUUAUUUCUCCCUCGAUGAGUUUCUCACCUUCCUGUUUUCCAAAGAGAACAGCAUCUGGAACUCGCAGCUGGACAUGGUGUGUCCCGAGAACAUGAACAACCCCCUGUCCCAUUACUGGAUCUCCUCCUCACACAACACGUACCUGACGGGGGAUCAGUUCUCCAGUGAGUCCUCCCUGGAGGCGUACGCCCGCUGCCUGCGCAUGGGGUGCCGCUGUAUCGAGCUGGAUUGCUGGGACGGUCCUGAUGGUAUGCCGGUCAUCUACCAUGGGCACACCUUAACCACCAAGAUCAAGUUCUCUGACGUCUUGGUCACCAUCAAGGAGCACGCCUUUGUCACCUCUGAUUUCCCUGUCAUUCUGUCCAUUGAGGACCACUGCAGCAUCGCUCAGCAGAGGAACAUGGCUCAGAAUUUCAAGAAGGUCUUUGGGGACAUGCUCCUGACCAAACCCGUAGAUAUUUCUGCUGACGGGCUCCCCUCUCCAAACCAACUCAAGAGGAAGAUUCUCAUCAAGCACAAGAAGCUGGCAGAGGGCAGUGCUUACGAGGAGCUGCCCACUUCUGUUAUGUACUCAGAGAACGACAUCAGCAACUCCAUCAAGAACGGGAUCCUCUACCUGGAAGACCCCAUCAAUCACGAGUGGAACCCACAUUAUUUUGUCCUGACCAGCAGCAAGAUCUAUUACUCGGGGGAGACGACCAGUGACCAGGGAAAUGAGGAUGAGGAGGAGCAGAAGGAGGUGAGCAACAGCACCGAGCUGCACUCCACAGAGAAGUGGUUCCACGGCAAGCUGGGAGCAGGGCGCGACGGGCGGCACAUUGCUGAGCGGCUGCUGACAGAGUACUGCAUCGAGACGGGGGCCCCUGACGGCUCCUUCCUCGUCAGGGAGAGCGAGACCUUCGUUGGGGACUACACCCUGUCCUUCUGGCGCAAUGGGAAGGUGCAGCACUGCCGCAUCCACUCGCGGCAGGACGCCGGCAGCCCCAAGUUCUUCCUGACAGACAACCUGGUGUUUGACAGCCUCUACGACCUCAUCACCCACUACCAGGAGGUGCCGCUCAGGUGCAAUGAGUUUGAGAUGAGGCUGACAGAGCCGGUGCCUCAGACCAACGCCCAUGAGAGCAAAGAGUGGUACCACGCCAACCUCACUCGUGCCCAAGCUGAGCACAUGCUGAUGCGGGUGCCACGGGAUGGAGCCUUCCUGGUGCGCAAGAGGAGCGAGCCCAGCUCCUAUGCCAUCUCCUUCAGAGCGGAAGGGAAGAUCAAGCACUGCCGUGUGCAGCAGGAGGGCCAGACCGUGCUGCUGGGCAACUCUGAGUUCGAGAGCCUGGUGGACUUGAUCAGCUACUAUGAGAAGCACCCGCUGUACCGCAAGAUGAAGCUGAGGUACCCCAUCAACGAGGAGACGCUGGAGAAGAUAGGGACAGCGGAGCCGGACUACGGAGCGCUCUAUGAGGGGCGCCAUCCUGGCUUCUACGUGGAGGCCAACCCCAUGCCAACCUUCAAGUGUGCAGUCAAAGCUCUGUUUGACUACAAGGCGCAGCGAGAGGAUGAGCUCACCUUCACCAAAAAUGCCAUCAUCCAGAACGUGGAGAAGCAGGAAGGAGGCUGGUGGAGGGGAGAUUACGGUGGCAAGAAGCAGCUGUGGUUCCCUUCCAACUACGUGGAGGAGAUCAGCAGUCCCAACAGCCUGGAGCCGGAGCGGGAGCAGCAACUGGAUGAGAACAGCCCCCUGGGAGACCUGCUGGGAGGUGUCCUGGAUGUGCCGUCUUGCCAGAUCGCCAUCCGCCCCGAGGGAAAGAACAACCGCCUGUUCGUCUUCUCCAUUAGCAUGGCCUCAGCGUCACGCUUGUCCCUUGAUGUGGCUGCUGAUACACAUGAGGACUUGAUGGACUGGGUGAAGAAGAUCCGGGAAGCAGCCCAGACGGCUGAUGCACGGCUCUCUGAAGGGAAGAUGAUGGAGAGGAGGAAGAAGAUCGCCUUGGAGCUUUCAGAGCUAGUGGUCUAUUGCCGACCCGUGCCCUUCGAUGAAGAGAAGAUCGGCACGGAGAGGGCCUGUUACCGAGACAUGUCCUCCUUCCCUGAGACCAAGGCAGAGAAGUACGUCAACAAGAUCAAAGGCAAGAAGUUCCUGCAGUACAACCGCCUGCAGCUCUCCCGUAUCUACCCCAAGGGCCAGCGCCUCGACUCCUCCAACUACGACCCCCUGCCCAUGUGGAUCUGCGGCAGCCAGCUGGUGGCCCUCAACUUCCAGACCCCUGACAAGCCCAUGCAGAUGAACCAGGCCUUAUUCCUGUCCAGCGGGCAGUGUGGGUACGUCCUGCAGCCGGCCAACAUGCGGGACGACAUCUUCGACCCCUUUGACAAGAGCACGCUGCGGGGCGUCGAGCCGCUCUCCAUCUCCAUCGAGGUCCUGGGGGCCCGGCACCUCCCCAAAAACGGCAGAGGAAUCGUUUGUCCCUUUGUGGAGGUGGAGGUAUCUGGGGCAGAGUACGACAACGCGAAGCAGAAAACAGAGAUUGUGGCGGACAACGGCCUGAACCCCCUCUGGAGCCCAAAGCAGUUCCACUUCCAGGUCAGCAACCCCGAGUUUGCCUUCCUCCGCUUCGUGGUGUAUGAGGAGGACAUGUUCAGCGAUGAGAACUUCCUGGCCCAGGCGACCUUCCUGGUGAAAGGCUUGAAGACGGGGUUCCGAGCCGUACCCCUGAAGAACAACUACAGUGAGAACCUGGAGCUGGCUUCCCUGCUUGUCAAGAUCGACAUCUUCCCCAGCAAGCAGGAGAAUGGUGACAUCAGCCUCUUCGGUGGCUCCGUGCUGCGGGAGCGAGGCGGGGACAUGGCCAGCCAGCUGCUGGCCAGCAGAGCCAGGGAUGGCUCCUUCGAGGUGCGGUACCAGCAGCCCUUUGAGGACUUCCGCGUGUCACAGGAGCAGCUGGCGGAGCACUUCGAGAGCCGGGAGCGAAGGGUGCUGCGAAGGACCAGGGUCAACGGGGACAACCGGCUGUAGGGCCGGCGGGGAGCACCUCCCGUGCCUGUGAGUCUCACGGCACGCUGCGAACUGGUUUCUAUGGAAACGGCACUGCUAUGGCCUACUUUCAGGCAGCUUUUCCAGUUUCUCUGCUGAAGUGUGUUUGAGCGGAGAACUAAAAAAAAAAAAAAAAAAAAAACAGGAAAAAAAAAAAACAAUAAACGACCAAAAAAAAACCCACCCAAACACCCACCCGCCCUUAAGGAAGUGGAUGGAUGCGCACAGCCUGCCAGCUGCUGGGGUGAGAGACAAACCUGUCCGUAACCACAAGGAAUGGGGCAAGCAGAACACCCAGCACUGCACCGCCAUCCCACCGCCCCUCUCCUGUCUCGGGGUGCACGGGGCUGGGGGCUGCGGGCCCCCCUUGUAGCACUGCCUCCUCCGGGGCAGCAGCAGCCCCACAGCUCCAUGGCCACUAGCUUAACCUCCAAUAAACGUGUCAGUGUUACGUGCA